CGGAAAUCAAACAUGGCGACCACCAUGGUUGUGUUUACGUUUUGAGAGAGAAGAGAACUCGGUAAAGAUGUAAAAGCUUGCAUGACCACACUGCUACAUGUUAGUCUUGUCUCUAUUGCACGCUCGUUACAUCUAAAUAAAAAUGGAUGUUGAUGACAAUUCUGAUGAAUAUGUUGAUGAGGCCAUCAACGAGGCAACAAAUGAAGGAAUUCGUAACGAAGGCAGUUCUGAUGGCGGUAGAUGUGGAGAAAAGCUUGAUGAACUGAAAUCGAAUAUGAUCUCACGUGUUGCCAUGUCAGACGCUCAUUUCAAACACCAACAAAGAGGAGAGCCUGAUUUAUCAUAUGAAGAUAAAGUACAAAUUGCAACUGAAGUUCUUUCAAAAGGUCCAGCCAUGUUUUUGGCCCGAUUUGGUCAGUUUCUUGCGGCAGAAGAUGUAGAAUAUUUUGUUGACUUUAAAGGUGAUUAUGAAAUCGACUUCUAUUUGAAAGAAAUUUUGAAACAACAAGACAAAGUUCACAACCAAAAGGUAGUGAAAAAUAGGCGAUAUGCUGCCAUGCAGGAAUUGCUGAGUCUGGGAGAAUACUUCAGUGAGGAGGAAAUGAAGUGGCGGGACCCAUUGCUAUACGAACAGAUGGUCGGCAACUUCCUGACGGAUGAAGAAAUACAGACUAAAGUGGAUAAAACUGAUCUGAGGUUUUCGAACAUUCUGCUGAAACACAUUGACCAGAUAGAGGAAAAUGCACUGUAUGCCAGGCAGAAGGAGGCAGAGGAGUGUCAGGAAGAAGAGGAAGAAGACAGUGAGGAGGAAGAAGAGAUGGAGAGUAGCGGGGAAGAUGAGGAGGCAGACUUCGGGCCAGAAGAAAAGAAGAAACUAAAGAUCUCUGAUGUUGAGAAACAGAUGCUAAAAUCGGAGUUUCUGCAGAUCAUGCAGGAGAGGUUCAUGUCAGGGAAAGACCGGGACUUUGACUACAGCCAGGUGGACAAGAAUGCUGACUAUGAUUCCCUGGAAACCUUAGGGAAGGAUGAGGAGGAGCGGUACUUCGAUGAUGAGGAGCCAUGUACACUUGACUCCCCACGAAGAACAGACUCACCACUGACCGAUAUGCCAAGACAGGUAGCUUCACUGAUCCCAAAGCCAGAGGAUGAUAGUGAAAUUAAGGACUAUAUGAGUUAUGAAGCUGGGCCUGAUAUAAGCCAGGCAACCACAGAUCUUAACAAGAUGUCCGUCUCCCAAGUUGCUGCAGAGGGUGAGAUGUUAGAGAAAGGUUGAUGAACUUUCAUUGAUUUGAAUGUAUUUUUGUAAAUAAAACAAUGUUUUAUAAA